AUGGAAAGCUCCAUGAACACAAUUCUUGAUGCUUCAUCUAGCAGCUGCGAACUGUAUGAGGUUGACUUAAGAACAAUGGCUUAUAAGUCAAAUAAAAUCAAAAUUCCAAAGGAUAGAAGAAAAUUUAUAUAUAAAACUCUCUGCCAAAUUUCUGAUGAACAACUAUUAUGUUUUCGUUAUGAUAGCCAAGUGAAUAUAGGAAGAAUUUUUUAUAUUGAUAAUAAUGGAAAGAUAGCCCAUGGGUCUUGGGUUAAUUUACCUAAUAAUAUAUCAAUACGCCUUCGAGCUUAUAAAAAUUAUUGCAAAAACAUAAAAGGAAUAAAAUACCAAAACAAUGUUUAUAUUAUAUUCGAUUAUUUUUAUAUUUUAAGGUACAAUUUAUUGAAAAAUAUUUGCUUGAGCGGAAUUUGCAUGGAAUUAUAUAAAUGCUAUUCAUGUGCAAUAAUUGAAGACAAAAUUUUAAUAUCCAAUGUAGGUAGCAAAACUUUUAUAUAUGAUUGCAGCAUCAAUUCUAUUUCAUUUAUUUCUGAAAAGGUUCUAUGAUAUGAAAAUUUUGUAGGAGCAAUUGAUAGAAGUUUCUUUAUGAUAACUUAUUCUGGUGUUAUUAUGAUAUCAGAAGAAUUAAAUCCAUACAAAUGAAAUAUCAUUGGUAAAACCACCUUAAAUCCAAAUCAUUAUUUCCCAUCAUCCAGCUUUAACUAUGGUAAUUUUGCAUUUAUUUUAUGCAAAAACAAUUUAUAUAAAUUUGAUUUGAAAAACGUUGAAUUUAAAAAAUUUAAUUUUCCUAUUAAUGGAAAAGGAACAGUUUCUGUGCAAAAUAUAUUAUCUUUAAAAUUUAUGUCUUUCACAAAUGAGAAUAACCUACAUAGUUGGGUUCAUGCCUUUAGACCAAUUAAACAUUAUUUUAAAGACUCUGAAAAAAACUAUAUUGAGUCAAUUCUUUGUAUGAUUUUCCAGAUUGAGGGCUUUCCCCCUAAAUUUGCUUUUGAGUAUCCUGCAUUAGAGGAAAGAAGAGUCAUAAUAAUUAAUAAUGAUUAUUGAUUUGAUAUGAGAAGCUAUUUAAAGAACGAUCCUAAAUUAUUUAAUUACCAAAAAGAGUACAGCGAUUCUAUGAAAUAUAUAUUUGAUUUCUGCAUUUUUAGUCUUAAAAAUUGAUCAAAGCAAGGGGUAAUUAUACCAGACAUUAGUUUUAUGAAAAGAAAUCAUGUGACAUAUGAAGAAAUAAUUGAAACUUUCAAAAAUGGAAAAAAAGGGUUGAUAUGAGUUCUUAUUGGAAAAUUAUCAAUGCCUUAUCUUAAAUUUAUUAAUCAGAAUGAGGAUAAAGCUAUUGUAAGUUAUUCUCCUUUUGAUCACCCUUUUCGCCAAGUCAAUGAAUACUUAAGGGAAACUGGAGAAAACGAAAUUGACUGGAAGAUAUGGUAG